GGGAGUGUUUCCACGAUGCAGUUGCUGGGCCUUAGGGAAUGUGCCUCUGCUGCUGUUGAUUGGUUUCUUUGUAACCGUUUAAAGAGGACUCGGGUUUUCCGUUUCUUCUUGAGUCAGUUUUGCCACCCCACGUCAUGCUGCAGUGCCGCGGAGAUCAUGGCUGUCCUCUUUUUCCACACCAUGCGCUACAAGCCCCAGGACCCCCGGAACCCUCACAACGACCGCUUUGUGCUCUCCAAGGGCCACGCGGCUCCCAUCCUGUACGCCGUCUGGGCUGAGGCCGGCUUCCUGCCCGAGGAGGAGCUGCUGAACCUGAGGAAGAUCACCUCUGACUUGGACGGGCACCCCGUCCCGAAACAAGCCUUCACCGAUGUGGCCACCGGCUCCCUGGGCCAGGGCCUUGGGGCCGCUUGCGGGAUGGCCUACACGGGCAAAUACUUCGACAAAGCCAGCUACCGCGUCUACUGCUUGUUGGGAGACGGGGAGCUGUCCGAGGGCUCCGUGUGGGAGGCCAUGGCCUUCGCCAGCAUCUACAAGCUGGACAACCUGAUUGCCAUUCUCGACGUCAACCGCCUGGGCCAGAGCGACCCCACGCCCCUGCAGCACCAGGUGGACGUCUACCAGAAGCGUUGCGAGGCCUUCGGCUGGCACACCGUCAUCGUGGACGGACACAGUGUGGAGGAGCUGUGCAAGGCCUUCGGCCAGGCCAAGCACCAGCCAACGGCCAUCGUCGCCAAGACCUUCAAGGGCCGGGGGAUCCCAGGGAUAGAGGAUAAGGACGCGUGGCAUGGGAAGCCCCUCCCCAAAAACAUGGCUGAUCAGAUUGUCCAGGAAAUAUACAACCAGAUCCAGAGCAAAAAGAAGAUCCUUGUGACCCCCCCGCAGGAGGAUGCCCCUUCAGUGAGCAUCACCAGCAUCCGCAUGCCCAGCCCACCCAGCUACAAAGUUGGGGACAAGAUAGCCACCCGCAAGGCCUAUGGACAGGCCCUGGCCAAGCUGGGCCGUGCCCACGACCGUAUCAUCGCUCUGGAUGGGGACACCAAGAACUCCACCUUCUCAGACAUCUUCAGAAAGGAGCACCCAGACCGCUUCAUUGAAUGCUACAUUGCUGAGCAGAACAUGGUCAGUGUUGCGGUGGGCUGUGCCACACGCAACAGGACAGUGCCCUUCUGCAGUGCUUUCGGGGCCUUCUUCACGCGGGCCUUCGAUCAGAUUCGCAUGGCGGCCAUCUCUGAGAGCAACAUCAACUUCUGUGGCUCCCACUGUGGCGUGUCCAUCGGGGAAGAUGGGCCCUCUCAGAUGGCUCUGGAAGAUCUGGCCAUGUUUCGGUCAAUCCCCACUGCAACGGUCUUUUACCCAAGUGAUGCGGUGUCUACUGAGAAGGCGGUGGAAUUAGCAGCCAACACAAAGGGCAUCUGCUUCAUCCGGACCAGCCGCCCAGAAAACGCCAUCAUCUAUAACAACAACGAGGACUUCCAAGUCAAACAAGCCAAGGUGGUCCUGAAGAGCAAGGACGACCAGGUGACUGUGAUCGGGGCCGGAGUAACCCUGCACGAGGCCUUGGCUGCUGCCGACCUGCUGAAGAAAGAGAAGAUCAACAUUCGUGUGUUGGACCCCUUCACCAUCAAGCCCCUGGACAGGAAUCUCAUUCUUGAAAGCGCCCGUGCUACCAAGGGCAGGAUCCUCACUGUGGAGGACCAUUACUAUGAAGGUGGCAUAGGCGAGGCGGUGUGCUGUGCCUUAGUGGGCGAGCCUGGCAUCACCGUCUCCCGCCUGGCUGUGGGCGAGGUACCGAGAAGCGGGAAGCCGGCGGAGCUGCUGAAGAUGUUUGGCAUUGACAGGGACGCCAUCGCACAAGCUGUGAGGGACCUGGUCGCCAAGGCCUAGGGAGGGUAGGGGGAUGGAGACGGGUUCUACACAUUCCUGAAGUUCUGGCAAAGGUGCUCAAAGAUGUGCGGAGAGGAGUGAUAAAAUAUAUGUUUUGAGAGAAGUGAA